CCGCCGCCGCAGCAGAUGAUACCGAGGGACAGGGCGAUACGCGCUCUCGGAUAUUCGGUCAGUGUGCGCUUCCCCGCGCCGGCGGUCCACCGCGAGAUAGUCGUCCGGACGUGGUUAGUAUCCAACGUCGCGGUGGACCAGCGGAUGCCACAAUCAGCGGCGCGUCGGCGGCCGCUCGUCCCCGACAUAUUGCGGGCUUGCGAAAAUAGCGACUCUCCGAACCGGACGGACACCUUCCUUAUGUAGCAAAACGUCGGAAUAUGCGAGAAAGCGCUUUAGCCGUGCUGCUGGUAUGGACACUUGCAGCCCAGCAGGGGCUGUGCGGCAAGUUGGAGAAGAUCGCCCAACAACCGAGCAACGUCCUGGUGGAUUAUUACGCCUAUCGUCACAUCUCGAUUAUUCAUUUCAAUGUGCCCGAGCGUACCGUCGCAGUCGUCUUCAAAUAUUCUGUCGCGUUUUAGAUUCACGGCGAAAGAAGAGAAGACUGGCGGGAUAGGUAGAUGCACCCCGCUCAACGUCUCGUUGCAUUUAAAGUCUGCCAGUCUGCCGUUCGUCUGUCCCGAUGGUUCAAAAGUAGCUGCGAAACUGAUGGAGGCGAAGAAACGUCGGCGGCAUUACAGUCUGGAGAUGUUGAGCGACGGUGAGCAAUAUAUGAUCAAGAUAGAGGCUCCAUCGGCGGGCGACUGGUACGCGAUCGCCUUCCGUAGCUGGACCGAUCCUGAGGAUGGAAAAAUCAAGCAGCAAGGUCUCAGUGCGUCCUGUGAGACCGUGAUGGAUGCCGAGAUGUUUGUAGAAAUGCCAGCUACGACGUCGUUGGUGGAUCCUGAGGUCGAGAAUAAGGUGCAGCUAGAUGAAACCUUCGAUACGGCGAUAGUGCAGUAUCUUGUACCGGACGUUGGUCUCGAGGAACUGAGCCUGUCGCUGAAGUCAUCAUGUGGCGAGGACUGCAAUAUUGUCGUUCAUGUUACAGCGGAGGACAAUCUCGCUGAUGGUUUGCUCAACUCCACGGCGACGUUUUUGCCUUUUAAGCCGUAUACAAGCAAUUUCCACUAUAUAACCCUUCGUCUACUGUCGGGAAAUGCGUCGAACGUGACGAUACAACUGCCGAUGAACCGCCAAGCAGACGUCGGAAUCGACCGGGUGGUGCUGUCGAGAAAAUCCUUCCCCGAAUUUUUUCUGUUUGAUUACGAACAUCUGCGCGGCAAUGACACGAAGCCCCAGCCCUUUAAUGUCACAGCCGACGCACUCUCCGUCCUUAGCUUUGAGAUCGGCCGAGUGUACGAUGUCGGUGGCACGGUCACUCUGGGUUUUAAACUGGUCGACGUGGAUGAGAAGUACAAGAAGAGCAUCGUCCUCGUAGCCUGUGUUUCUUUAGGGUACUACUCGAACAUCACCUCGGGUGGUGGCUGUGUCCGCGCACAGGGUCUUACGACAGCGGACGUGUACGUGAACGCGACCGAACCGUCUUACGUACACGUGCCCUUCCCCGAGGCGGGCAUUUGGUAUGUCAGUCUGCGUGUCUUCUGUCCCGAAGAGCAGGAAAAGACAAUCAUCGGUGGUAGCGGCAUCAACAUCAGCUCAAUCAACACCAGCUCAACCAACACUAACUCAGCCAACACCAGCUCAACCAACACUAACUCAGCCAACACUAGCUUUUGUCCCUGCAGUCGCACAUGUCUGCAGGGCGACGUCGCGUGCGAAACGUGUGACUGCCUGCCGCGCUGCACCGCCGUCCGGGUGGAGAGCAUCGUAUCGUCAUCACCCUGCGUCGAGGGUCGUUGCGGCGAUCAUGGCAAGUGCAUGCACUACAUGAGCGGCGGCUUCGUCUUCUCGGCAUGCCAUUGCACCGGCGGUUACCGCGGCUUUGACUGCGCGGACAACACAUACGUUCUCAGUACCAGCGGCAUACUUCUUCAGCUGCUCGCUCUCACCUUCAGUAAUUUCGCCUUCCUCGGCUCGAUCUACGUGGCGAUACGACGCGAGUACUUCACCGAGGCGGUUGCCUACGUCGCGGUCAUGUUCUUCUCCACGUUCUACCAUGCUUGCGAGGCUGGCGAGGAAAUCUAUAGCGUGUGCAUUAUGCGGCUAAGCGUGCUGCAGUUCUGUGAUUUCUUCAAUGCGCUGCUCGCUAUCUGGGUGACUUUGGUGGCGAUGGCAUCGUUCGGGCCGCGAUUGACCGCUUUCUGCCAGGUGGCCGGUGCGAUUGUGCUUGCGAUGGGCGCCGAGAUGGACCGCACAGCGCUCUGGGUGUUCCUACUACCGGCCGUCACUGGUUCCGCAUUGAUCGGAUUGUCCUGGGGACUUAGAUGCAGAAGGAAGCGCACCAUCAGAUAUCCCUCGCGUCCAUAUAGAACCAUCUACUUCCCGGCCGGAGUGCUUCUCGUCUCUCUGGGCCUCAUUUGUUACGCGUUCUUGCAAACACGCAGGAAUUAUUAUCUCGUUCAUAGUCUGUGGCAUAUUUGCGUGGCCAUAGGAGUUAUUCUACUACUACCAAAACGCAAAUACAUGAAGUGAUAGUUGAAGAGUCGCGCACGCGUUCAGGAGAGAUUCGAGGAGACCGAAGGUAGUAUCGAAAGCUAAGAGAUGUGAUAGUAGGCAACCAAAGAGACAUCAGGGAAAAUAUUACAAUAUAAAUGAAUAGAUAUCGCUGACGAAUUGACUUUUUUACGAAAGGAAUCGCAAGCAUCGGUUUUAAAUAGUAUUUAAAGAAGAAAAUAUCUUGAAAAUUAUUAUAAACAUUAUCUUAAGAAAUAAUUAUUCAUUUAUAAUUUUAUAUCAGUUUAUGUAUUAAAAUUUUUAUGAAAGUUACCUUGAUAGAUUAAAACUUAAAUUAGCUUUUUUUCCCUUGUAAGUUUAUUUUUCAGCUUUAUCAUAAAAAAAACACGUGAUUCGCUUCGUAGAAAAGUUGUUCGAUCGAUCACGACAUACUUACGCAUAUUAUAUAUAUCAGAGAGAUAUAUUAUUCUUCUAAAAAGUAUCAGCAGCAUAUAAAUACGCGAGAGUGUUUCAAAUACGGAAUUAACUUGAGAUUUAUUAAUAAUAUACAUUUAGCAAUAAGAUGCGACAUAUAAAUAAAAUUUAAUGACAGUAUUAAAUCAAGAUAAGUCGUCCGUAAAAAGAAAUUAUUGCUCAUUUUAAUAAGCAUUAAGAAAACUGAAGAAAGUGUGACAUUAGGUAUUUUCGUUCUUUAUUUAGCUCUUGAUAGAAUUAAAGCCCUAUUGAAUGUAAAUACCAUUGUUUGAGAGAGUCGUACGCCAAAAUAUCAGAGGAAAAUAAUUAUUGUAAUUAUUGCUGAAAUUGACGUUAAAUUUUAUAAAAGUUGUCUAUUGUUCCGUAAAGUAUUUUCGAAAUGCACUUUGACAUUCCGAGAAAUCUAUUGAUCGCACGAAUACAGAAUGUAUCGCUCUACUUUGUUGAUUCAGUCGUGACCUGUUUGUAAGGACCAAUUCUGAGGUAAAAUGUUGGAAACGGGAUGAAGGAAUAUCUUCGUGCGAAUGGUGCUUUUUUACUCACACGACUGUUCUCUGCUGUUUUCUCUUAUUAAUGAUAGCGCGCACAUUGUAAUGUUAUUAAUUGUAAUUGCGUACCGAUAGCAUCGUUUUUCGAUAGCAUCGUCAUUUUGAUAAUAGAUGCGUUUUACAAGAACAUGCCGUAUUUGACAAGUGUACAUUCCUCAUCGUCGUCUCCUCCUACGUGGAAAACUUUAGAUUUUAAUUUUUUCUUCCUAUUGAAUAUGUGAAACUAAUUUAAAUCUCAUCCACAUUGGUGAAGACGAUGCGAGCAUAGAAAUGUAAUUUUAAGAGAUGUUUUUUUUCCUAGGAAUGCGAUACCUCGCACAUGAACGUCCUGUUUCGAGAGUAAUACGCGAAAGUGAAUAAAAAAGUAAAGAUACAGAUCUCUUAUAUUUUAUAAAUAACGUAUCUAUAGUAUACAAAGAAAUUAUAUUCUUCUACGUAAAGCAUGUCUUCUGCAGGACACUUUUGAAAUACUCCGAUUUAGAAUCUGUUAUCUCAACUUUUGCACUAAUUUGCCAAUUUUUUCAUCCCUUCUAUUAUAUAUUAUAUAUAAUACAAAUGUUCUCUCUUUUAACUGUACAAUUUAACUUUCUAGUCGAUAAUGUCUAGAUAAGAAGGUAAUGCUUGAAACACGGAGUCAUUUUUUCAAGUUGCCUUGCACUGUGACAAACCGGAAGAGCGAAACCGUCGUGUCUUUACUUUCCGAUUCAUCCUCGCGCUGUGUAUGCGUGCUGUAUUGUGUCUGGGGAGAGUGUCGCGUAUACAUAUAAGUAAAUAUAUGCGACAUCGUCAUGGGCAGUGCCUGUACUGAUUGUUGACACGUGUUAAGCGCGAUGCGCCGCAACCGUAUCGCGACUCUAGUCGAUUCUAUUUUCCUCAAUGUGAAAGCCGUAUAUAGACUAUAUAACAUUUUCUAGCCAAAGGAAGAAAGAGAGGAAUGUGUCACGCUGAUGAGCGCACGUGAGUGCACGGGGGUUCUGCCGAGAGGGAUUUCACUUUUGUUAAUUUACAAACAUACACGCAGACACACACACAAAUGUAAUUCUCUAAAUGAAAUAAAAAUGAAGCUAUCGUUGUA